ACCUCUAGGGAACUGAGUCAGCAGCGCGUCCAGUUGGCUGCUCCAGCUCAACUUCCGUGGAUCUGCUUCAGCUCUGUUCACCGCAAAACACUUUAAUACUUUACUAAGACCUUGAAUGGGUUGAUAUUAGAUUAAGAAGCAUCUGUGGACGGAAAAACAAGCCGCAACGCAGAAGAGAGAAGUGGAGACCAUCCCGUCUCGCUGAGGAGAUUUGAUGAACAAUAGGAUUAAAACAGAUCUACACUGCAGCUUCUAGGCACUGUGACUGACAGGAGUUGAAAACCCAAAGAUAUUCAGUUUACUAUGAAAGGAGACCAAGAAAACCAGGAAACAUGCUGUGGCUGGAUUCAUGUCUGUCCGUGUCUCAGCCAUGAGUGUUCUUCCUCCUGUUCGAAAGGACCGCAUCAUCGCUAAGCUCCCUCAGUAUUUCAGGAAAGAGGCAGCUCUGCACACUAAGGAGGAUUUCAACAAUAAAGUGAAGACCGCCUGCCAGGAGCAGCGCACCGGCACUGUGGGCAGAUUUAAAAUCGCUAAGGUCAUUGUUGUGGGUGACCUGGCUGUGGGCAAAACCUGUCUGAUUAAUAGAUUUUGCAAAGAUGCUUUUGAUAAAAACUACAAGGCAACAAUAGGAGUUGACUUUGAGAUGGAGCGCUUUGAGGUGCUGGGCGUUCCUUUCAGCCUACAGCUGUGGGACACUGCAGGCCAGGAGAGGUUCAAGUGCAUUGCUUCGACAUAUUACAGAGGAGCUCAAAUUGUGAUUAUCGUAUUUGAUGUAAAUGAUGUUGCUUCUUUGGGCCAUGUGAGGCAGUGGCUCGAAGACGCCUUGAAAGAGAAUGACCCCACCAGUGUUCAGCUGUUCCUCGUUGGCACAAAGAAAGACCUGAGCUCUCCAGCUCAGUAUUCUCUGAUCGAACAAGAUGCCCUCAAACUAGCACAAGAGAUCAGAGCAGAGUAUUGGGCCGUGUCGUCACUGACAGGGGAAAACGUGAACAACUUUUUCUUUCGAGUUGCAUCAUUGGCAUUUGAAACCAACGUUCUCGCAGAGUUGGAGAAAAGUGGAUCGAGGCAAAUUGGGGAUGUUGUCAGAAUUAACAGCACUUCAAACAAUCUGUACGCUGCUUCAAAGAAGAAACAGCCGAACUGCUGUCAGUAAGAAUGGAGGGAGGAUUUUAAAGUCAAAGGAGCAGAAUGAAUGAAAUGAGGAUUGUUUUUUUCUCAGUGGAAAGACUGUGGCUGCUCUCCAGCUCAUGGGAGGGAUUUCUAUGGUUGAAGUAGGAGGAGGGACGCUGGAGUUUUACUUCCUGACAUAUUUGAGUUCAGUUUUUCCUUUCCUCUGUGGGAUGUGGAUUCUUGUGGUGUUGCUCAGUUUAACUUGUCUGGAGUGAGAGUGACACAGCAAUUACAAAAAUAAAACUGGUACUGCAGAGAUGCCAAAGAAUGGAUGUUUUUAACAUGGUGAAUGGUGAAUGCUUACUUUACUUAAGUCUUGAAAUUAAUAUUCAUUUUCUCUGCUGUAGUUUGUUUAACAAUUAAGAUUUUUCUUCACAAUAAUACUUGGGUUUAUCUUUUAAGUCUGUAUUAAAAUUUUACUUGGUACUUGAUCUCUUUUUAUAAUUUUGUAGAUCAGAGGUUCCUAAACUUUCUGUAAGAAGUAAGAUUAUAAGGAAAAAAGCAAAGAUUUGAGGAAAGUCUGAAAAAAAUAAACAGAGUUUUGUGUAGCUUUCCUAUCUAGUUAAUCUUCUCAAAACCCCUCAGAUAUACCUUGUGACCCCUUGUGGGGGUCCUGACCUCCAUGUUGGGAACCAUUGUUUUAGAUGCAGUCUUGGAUGUUUUUUAUCUGCAGCAUAUGCUUCAUACUUUACAUACAUGCUUUUUGCUUUUUGUUUACAGUAUAAUGACUGAAUUUGGAUUAAACUGAAAUUGUGAGUGUGAA